AAAAUGCAAGAUUCACAAAGCGUACUUAAGGUUUUGGUUAUUUGGAGGGGAAACAAGUAUGUUGUGGAAAUGAAUUCCAAUUCGUCUCUCAAGGAGCUAGGCACUGAGCUCCAGAAGUUGACCGAUGUCAAGGCGGAUACAAUGCGGUUGAUUGUUCCUCAAAAUAAAGGAUCAAAACUGAUGUCUCCUUUCUCUGAUGAUCAUUCAAGAUUAAGUGUGCUGGAAGUUUCUAUCAUUGAGGGGAAGCCUAUCAGAAUGAUGGGAGUAUCUGAAGAUGAAGUUGACAAAGUUCUGCAAAAUGAGAAGGAAGACCUGAGGAUAGUUGGAUUUGAUGAAGAAGAAAAGAGAUUGAGGCAACGAAUGUUAGAUGGGCCCAUUGCUCCACUGAAACUUCCUCAAGGACAAUAUAUCUUUUGUGAUUUUCGCACUCUUCAGAUUCCAGGAGUAGAGUUGAACCCUCCAGCUUCAGAGGCAUUGAAAAGAAUGCAUAUGCUUGCUGCAGAUCCUGGAAUAGUUGCUAUUAUGAACAAGCAUCGUUGGCAUGUAGGAAUAAUGACAGAGAUGGCCCCUGUUGGUUAUGUUGGCAUAAGUCCAAAAUGCAUUCUCGGUGUUAACAAGAAUCAUGGAGAGGAAAUAUCUCUGCGUCUUCGAACAGAUGAUCUUAAGGGUUUCAGAAAAUACGAGCGUAUUAAGAAAACUCUUUUGCAUGAACUUGCUCACAUGUUAUACUCUGAACAUGAUGCAAACUUUUAUGCCCUUGAUAAACAGCUGAACCAAGAAGCUGCUUCUUUAGAUUGGACUAAAUCAAGGGGCCACUCCUUGAGUGGUGUCAGGUAUUCAGACCAAUAUGAAGACAACUUGUUUGCUGGAGAUAUUAGAAAUGCUUCCCACAAGCUUGGGGGAAAUGUUUCAGAACAGUUGGUGAGUGCUCGUGCAUCUUCAGUGGCUGCUGCUUAUCGUCGAUUAGUGAAUGUUUCUGCCAACAGUUUUGAAGUAUCUGAAGUGUGUGAAGAAUCUGAUCAUAUGGAUUUAGUUGAAAAAGAAAACAAGAUUGAGCCUGAUCCUGAUGAUUCUCUGGAUGGGGUAACUUUGGCAGCAACAAAUUCAUUUGAAGAACCUGAUCCGGAUGACUCUGAAGCUCUCUUGAAUUCUGGAGUAGUGGCUGAACCUCAUUCUCAUCACUUUCAGGUAAUGGAGGUGGAAAGCAUUCUUCAGCCAAGGAAGACCAUGGGUGAGCCUGAUCCAGAUGAUUCAGAGGCUAAAGGGAGAAUUUCAGGAUAUACAAAUAUUGCAAGACCCAAUUAUGGUCAUUCUUUAGCGAAUAAAACCAGGGAAGAUCAGGGCAAUAUGAACGCUUAUAGAGAACCUGAUCCAGAUGAUACUCAGGCCAAUGGAAUUGUACAGGGUGAGCCUGAUCCUGAUGAUACUCUGGUACAUGCACAUUGUAUAUCCAGUAUGAAAAUAGAUGAACCAGAUCCAGAUGCUCAAGAAUUGAGGAGAAUCCAAGACCCAGUGACUGUUGUUUGUAGCCGUCUGCAGAAGAUGAUUGAGCUGCUGCAAGCUGAAGUUAAUCCCUUGGAGGCAACUACUGUCCUACAAACUCUAUUUAAGAUAAUUAGGAAUGUGAUUGAACACCCUGAGGAGAUGAAGUACAAAAGACUCCGGAAGGCUAACCCCAUAAUCCAAAGGAAUGUUGCAAAUUAUAAAGCUGCCAUGGAGAUUCUGUAUUUGAUUGGUUUCAAUGAAGAUGUUGUUUUGGAUGAAAUCGGAAAAGCAGAAACUUAUUUAGUGUUGAAACGGAAUGAUCCAGGCUUAUUGUGGCUUGCCAAGUCCUCCCUUGAAACGUGCAUUGCGUACUAGCUGUGGAAAAUAUUAUACAAAGUACAAACAAAACAUUGCGUACUGGAAUGUGUGUGAUAUGUGAAAUAUAUAUUGUACAUUUCUUGAUGAAAUUCCUACAGACCUGUAACAUAUAUGAUAAGACUCUUGUCCAUAAAUAAGAAGAGUUGUUAUAUAAAUGUGAAUGCUAAUAA